CCCCCCUCGCACUCUCGCAGUCGUUCAUAUAAACCCUAAUGUCCUCCUCUCCUCCCCACCCUCCCAAGAAGCUCAAGAUGUCCUCCUCCGCCACCACCUCCGACGCCGAGGAGGCCCCUUCGUCCGCCCCCGGCGAACCCCGGCGGCGCUACAAGCGUCGCAAGGUGGCCAUCUUCCUCGGCUACUGCGGCGCCGGGUACCAGGGCAUGCAGAAGAACCCCGGCGCCCGAACCAUUGAGGGAGAUCUAGAGGAGGCCCUCUUCCUCGCCGACGCUGUCCCUGCUUCCGACCGCGGCCUCUCGCGCCGCUACGAUUGGGCCCGAUCUGCUCGCACCGACAAGGGCGUCAGCGCUGCUGCUCAGGUCGUCUCGGGACGCUUCUACGUCGAUCCGCCUGGCUUCGUUGCCCGCCUCAACGCCCACCUCCCUGACCAGAUCACCGUCUUCGGCUUCAAGCGAGUCACCAAUUCCUUCAGCGCCAAGAAAUUCUGUGAUCGGCGACGGUACGUCUACCUUCUUCCCGUGUUUUCCCUUGACCCUAGCGCACAUCCGGACCGGGAGUCCGUCAUGGCGAGCAUCGGAUCUGACAACGAGCUCACUCGUUGCUUAGAGUGCUCAGAAAGGGGACGCAAGAUACCUACCUCCACGGAUCCCUUUUCUCAGGGAUCUAAGCAGGAAGAAAGGCCUGAUUCUGAACAAGUCGAGGAUGGUAAAUUUGAGUCAACUAAGCUAGAAAAACCUGAUAUUGCAAGGGAUGGAGCUGGUGAUGAUCAACUUGGUGCCUCAGAUAUAAUUUUGACUGAAAAUCAACCUGAAACUGCUUAUUCUAUAUCGAUGGAAGGUGAGCUUAGGGCUUCCAAUGUGGAUGAAUGUGGUAAUCCAAGCAAUAGGGAUUCCUUCUUGGAAGAGAGAUCCACAAUGCAAACUGUAGUUCAUGAUGAAUCCAAUGAGCAACUGACUGCCAAAACCAAGUUUUGUUAUGAUGAUGAACAGAAAGCGAGAUUCAAUCGAAUCCUACAGCAUUAUGUAGGAACCCAUAACUUCCAUAACCUCACGACUAGAAUUAAGCCUGAAGAUCCCUCUGCUCGUCGUUACAUCAUAUCCUUCCAUGCAAAUAGUGUCGUUUGUAUUGACGGGAUUGAGUUUGUGAAGUGUGAAGUUGUAGGGCAGAGCUUCAUGCUCCAUCAGAUCAGGAAGAUGAUCGGCCUCGCUGUUGCAGUGAUGAGGAAUUGUGCACCUGAAUCGCUUAUGGAUGCAGCCUUAAGAAAGGAUGUAAGAAUCAACGUUCCAACGGCUCCUGAAGUCGGACUAUUUCUAGACGAAUGCCAAUUCACUUCCUAUAAUAAUCAAUGGAAGGACUCACAUGAGCCACUGACCAUGGAUGCAUAUGCUGAAGAAGCUGAAGAUUUUAAAAUGAAGUAUAUAUACCCUCACAUCGCCUCCAUGGAGCACAAAGAAGGAGCCGUUGCGCUCUGGCUUCACUCGUUGAACCAUCGUAACUAUCCAGAUCUCGGUUUCAUGGAGACAAGUGUCUGUGCUGGUGCUCAUGAGAAACAUGUUGAAAACUUAGCAGAGUAAUUCCUUGAGAAGAGUUUGUUCAUGACACUUGAUAUUGAGCUAGAUGAAUUGUUCCACCUUGAGACUAGCAAUGAAACACCUUUGACCUCGGCGGCAGGCCAAAUGCACAGCGACUGUUGAAGUUCGAUGAGCUGCAAUGACUCAUAGUGAGAUUUAGUGGUGAGAAGGAAUACAUAGUGGAAAGAAGAUCUUCAAAGAGCUUCAAGUCGAUCCAAAGUGAAGUGAUAGUAGGAGGAAGUUAAAAGAGUAUUUCAUAAGAUGUUGCAACGACAUUAACUAAGGCAAAAGGUUCACAUAGGUCCAAUAAGGUUUCUAUAGAGUUGAAGAGAGAUUGAUAUCGAAAAUUUUGAUAUGAGGAUGGGUUCUUUUUAAAGAUGAUGAACCUACAAUCCACACGAAAAACAUAUAUAUGUACUAUAAAAGACAUUCUUUUAAAGACUAUGCCUCUAAAUGGCCUUUCGGUGUUCCUUAGCCAUUGCUGCCGGCGAUGGUGCCUCCUUCACCGCCGCCAUCGUAUGCUCGAUAUGGCAAAUAAUUGUUGGUGUGGCUAGAGAGAGUUGGAGAUGAGACUAGCAUGGAAGAAAAAACAAUGGGUUUUUACAUGGCCUAAGAAAUUCAACCAAGCAUACUUCCCAAUAAGCAAUAGAGUCAUUAUAAUGAUAAUAUUUUAAAAUAAUAUAUGUGAUUUAUAAAAAUAUUGCAUUCAAAGAAUAAUCUUUACUAUCAUUAAAUUUUUCUACACAAUGUUUAAUUUAGCUCAUUCCAUCUGUUCAGCUUUAAAUAUUUUGUUUGGCCCAUUUAAUAAGCAUUAUUCAUUCCACUUGCUUGAAAAAUUAGGUAUGAAGUGGGCCUGAAAUGAUGUGUUUGAGUCAUUUCGAGAUAUGGUUCAAUUCUAUUUAAACUUUUGCCGCCAAACUAGUGAAAUUUGAUUCGUACUCAAAUUUUAUUUCAAAUUGAGUUCGAAUUAAUAUUAUUUAUAUUUUUAAACUUCGAAUAGAAUUUGAAUAUUCUAUAUUUUUUAAACUUAAUUUAAAUAUUAAUAUUUUUAUAAUAUCGAUUAGUUGGUGCUCUAGCACUACUAGAUAUCUAAGACCGACACUUUGACAUUUAAUUUAAAAUGUCGUUAUAAAUAUUUUUUAAUGACCCAUUUAUAUAUAAAUGUAAGGUAAAUCAUGGGGUAAUAUUUUUUCCAGAUUGAACACUUUCUUGAUAAAGAAAAUAAAGGACGGCCUUAAUUAUUGAGUAAAAAUUAAAAAAAAAAACGUCUUAGUUUUUUUAAAAUCAUCAAAGCAUCCCAUUUUUUUAAUCAAAAUAACACUCCACUUCAUGUAUAAUUAUUUAAUUAUCAUCAAUUAGUCCACUCGGAACGAUCUCAUGGUUAAUACAUGAAGUAUUAUCAUCAUGAAAUUUGGGGUUCAAAUCUCGACAAAGUCGAGGUAAUACUUUCCUUAUGUACUAGUCAUUAUUCCAAAGACUAAUAGUUACUCGUGAUUUACCUCCUCAGUGUUGGGACGGAGGCACUAGAGGCGAACAUAUUCAUCUUUUACCACCAUUUAAUUAUCCUCAAUUAUAAUAUUUUAAAUAAGUAUGAAUUAUAAUAAUUAUGAUUUUGUAGCUACUACAACACGUCAGAUCAAUUCAGAAUUCAGGCCAAAGAUAAUGAGAAUAGUAUACUUAAAUAAUUCUUUUUUGGUAAUUUAAGUCUCUAACUCUUCGAACCAACUGAUCUAGGAAGGAAUUGGUCUAAUUUUAUAGAAAUUUUUCAUCGAUUACCAGUAUAAAUUGAAAAACGUUCACUAAGGUCUAUCCAAACAAUCAUCGAUCUUAGAGUUAGAAAAAAAAAAAUCCUAUAAUAUGUCAUAUCUAGGAUACGACCUUUAGCUGCCUAAUUAACCUCUUAAAAGGAUCUAAUCGUAGCUGAAUAAUUACACCUGAAUUGACAGUGGAGUAAGGUGUACUUUUGAUAUAAAAAAGUAAAAUGGCGCCCUUCUAUGAUUCCAACAAAAUAAGAGCACCUUCUGACUUUUACCCUUUAUUUUUCCCAUAA